UGGUGGUGAAUUGUCUAUUUUUCGAGACUGUGACAGUGAGCGUACAUCGUAUUUUCGUCUAGUUCGCAUGGCUAAAGACAUAGGUUUCAAGGAUGGUGAUGAGUUAUAUUAUACAAUCCCUGGAUGUAGCCUUGAUGAAGGAAUUGAUUUAAUUCAUGAUGACAAUUCUAUUGUUAAGAUGUUGAACUUUGCAAAGAAACACAACUUUGCCGAGAUCUAUGUUAAACAUAAAGGCAAUGAAAAUACUUCCGCUGAUCCAAGAUCUGGUCUGGGCAAUAAGGAUAAACUUCCAGCAGAGAAUACCAAGUCAAAGGAGAGCAAGUUUGCAUCAAAAAAGAGAGACAAGAGAACAUGGACAGCCAAGGAGGAGAAGUUACUUAUUGAAAUUCUAUAUAACAUGAAUGAUUCCUCUUGGAAAGUAGAUACCGGUCACAAGUCCGGAUAUCUGACCUACAUUGAGAAGGAAAUGGCGAAAGUACUACCACAUGCUGAUCUUAAAGCGGAUCCGCAUAUCAAGUCUAAGGUUAAGAUUUUGAAGAAGCAACUUUCUUAUGUUCUAGAAAUUAUGCAAAAUUCUAGUGGGUUUGGAUGGGAUGAUGAGAAGAAAAUGGUAACUGGAGAUAGGGAGACGUAUAUGGGCUGGGCAAAGGUACAGUAUAUUCAUUCAGUAUGUUCUCUCUACAUGAAGCCUAUGGUUAACUUUGACAAGUUAUGUGAGGUAUAUGCUACUGAAUUGGCUAAAGGAGGUAGUGCUAAAGGUCCUGGAGAAGAAGAAACUCCAGAAGUUGGAUCAACGGCAGAGACACAACCUACUAGCGAACAUGCCAAGGAGAAUCUUCCUGAAUCUCAUGAGAACACGAACCCACUUGGUAGUUCUAGGCCUAGUCGGAAGAGAACGUAUAUUGAUGAUUAUGCACUUGAGUCGGGUCUUAUAAGUGUGUCCAAUACAAUUGCAAAGUUCCUGGAAGCAAAGCAGGAGAAUGCUAAAACCAUGAAUGGUUUACAGAGGGCAUUUAUGCAUGAAGCACAAGUUCAUGAGCAAACAUCAGCCAACAGAACCAAGUUACUUGAGAUUCUCCAAAAUCUUAAAGGUCUCACUACUGAAGAGGUUGUCAUGGUUGUUCGUGUCAUUGGUGGUGAUGCUGGAAAGACCGAACUUUUCAUCCAAUUACGUGAUGAUUACAAAGUGGUGUUUGUUCGUCGGGAGCUUGAGGCGGCCAAAAAAUAA